ACCGCGUUGUGCGAUCGGCAUCGCGCUCCGCUGAAGUGAUGAUGGAGAACUGCCGAAACGGGGUAGACGUCAGGGUCAGGCCUGGCUCCGCAUUUUGUCCGACUUCUACAGCCGAGUACAAGUCUGACUCCAGACUCAGGCCUGAAGCCAGUGACUCCGGGUCAGAGACAGGCUUCAGGCCUGAGUCUGGAUUAAAAUCUGGGCUUGGAUCUGGGAUUUUACCCAGGUCUGAGUCCAGGACUGAGGGCGAGUCCGCGUUGAAGCCCAAGUCUCGCUCGGCCUCUGCCUUGGCAUCUGGCUCUCGGUCCGAGCCCGCCUCUGACUCUGCUUCCGCCUCCGGGAUCGAGCGUGGCUCCGUCUCGACGGGGUUCCGGGAGCCGGCGCCGCUGUCCGCGGCUCAGUGCCAGUGCCCCGUGUGCCUCGACGUGCUGGUGCUGCCCGUGAAGAUGCCCUGCGGGCACACGCUGUGCCAGUCCUGCUUCACGCAGAGCAUGGACAAGGUGCAUCUGUCGUGCCCGCUGUGCCGGCGCCGCGUGGCCACGUGGCACCGCACGAUGGCGCGCCGGGGCUCGCUGGUGGACGCCGGCCUCUGGGACAGCGUGCGGCGCUCCUUCCCCGAGCGCUGCCGGCGCCGCCUGCGCGAGGAGGGGACGCGCGGCGGCGGCGGCGCCCGGCGCGGCGACGGCGGUGACGGCAAGGACGGCGACGACGACGACGACGACGGUGACGGAGGAGGAGAGCGCGAGCCUGUGGGUGGCGGACGAGGAGGUGAAGAUGGCUGUGAAGUCUGGUCUCCGUUGUCAGGUCACCGACAGUCGCUGUGUGAACCGGGGGAGUUGGGCCGGGAGUUCAGAUCCAUGUGGCAUAAGUUUGAGUCCGAGCGCCGUGCUCGCCAGGCGGAAGAGCAGCGAGCUUCCGAGAUGUUCAUCAGGGAGCUGCUCACCGUGGAGGAGGCGCAGAGGCGCCCGCCGCCGAUGUCGCCCUUCAAGAGGCUGAGGAGAGAGCGAUUCUACAACACACGGCUCCCGGUGUCCCGGCCUCUGUCCGAAGUUGGGAACAGACAAAGCGACUUCGGUGAACUGCAGCGGAAGCAUGUGUCCAGGCAGAGAAAGGCCGCAUGGAGAGAGCCGGCCGCCACCACCGCCGCCACCACCACCACCACCAGCAACGCCCCUGCCACCACGGCAGCCGGCCAAACCCCGCGGCGGAACGAGCCGUCGCCGACCCGCGGAACCCACGCCGCCUCCGCCGCCUCUGCCGCCAUCCAACCGAGGCCAUCGCAGGUGCCCCACGUGGUCAUCAGCCGGGUCUGGAACCUUUUGGAGCUCGCCGAGACAUCGUCGGGGAACUGGCCGACGGCUACGGCGCCGCCGAAGGAGGGUCGUCGUGGCGACGCAGGCGACGGCGCUACAGCGGGAUCAGCAGCAGCACCACCACCACCAGCAGCAGCGGCAGCAGCUGCAGCAGCGGCAGCAGGUCCAGCGUUCUCAUCAGUAUCAGCGGCAGCAGCACGGCAGUACCGGCAGUACCAACAGCAGCAGUGCCGGCAGAAGUAG